AUGGCGUCAAGGGUGACAGAGGUUAGUGCGGGACGGGGACGAAGUCGUCAGGACAAGAGGCGAUUCGGCUGGAAUGAGCGGGAGUGGGGCGUCAUGCCACAGCCCACCGGCUUCGGGUGGGGGGUGAGCGAUGCGUGCAGCCUUCCUCCAUUUAUCCGCGUUCGGGGGUGCAGCCGCGCGAUCUCCCCUCCACCCCCAUCAUUCCCGCUGGCGGGUGCAGCGCACCGGCCCGCUGUUCCCCGUCGGGGUGCCGCUGACCGCUCUCCCUCCUUUCCCUUCUCUCCGCAGCCCUGCCGCACCGGGACCCGUGCCGCAGCGAAGGGCAGCCGGUUCUGUGGGGCAAAGGGGGGGGCGAUGGCCUACAAGGUCGGGGUGCGUUUCCGAUCCGCCCUGAGGGACAUCGGCAACAGCGUCGCGUACCCGAACGUGUGGGCUGCCAGAGGGGCGACGGUGAAAACGCGCCCCGAGCAGGAGCCCGGCACGGGGGCCGUGCCUGCCGCCAUCCCAAAUAGUAAGGCUGCCGCGAAUGAACCCGAGGACGCCACUGAAGAGGAGAUGAUGCAGACAGCCCCGGAGUCACAGUCCGAGUUAGAGGCCCAGUCUGAGCUGCAGAUGGUGCCCUCCCAGUUGGUGCCUCAGUUUCCAAACCUUACGGAGACGAAGACAGAUGACUCACUGUGCCAAGCUUUUUCUCAUGUCCUGCUUGCUGUAGAAGAUGAAGAUGUGAAAGAUGGCACUGACCAAUACUUGUGCAGCGACUAUGUGAAGGAUAUCUACAACUAUCAGAGAGAACUCGAGGAGAAUCAACCUGUCAGACCCGAAUACCUGUCCAAGAGAGAAAUUACUAAGAACAUGCGUGCUGAACUGGUGGACUGGCUGGUGCAAACACAGGUAAAAUUCAGACUCCAGCUGGAGACCUUGUACUUGGCAGUUGGCAUCCUCGAUCGCUACCUUCAGGACAAUCCUGUUUCCAGUAAGGCAUUUCAGCUGGUUGGUGUUGCAGCAUUGUUUAUUGCCAGCAAGUAUGAAGAGGUACAACCCCCAUCUAUUGGAAAAUUUGUGUGUGUUGCUGAUAGAACUUGUGCAAGAUGGAAACUCCGCCAGAUGGAGAGGAAGAUCCUGCAAGCCCUGGACUUCAGUCUGGGUCUCCCCCUUCCAGUGCACUUUCUCAGAAGGGUUUCAAAGAUUGCAAAGAUGAGCUUGAAACAGAAUCUUCUGUCCCGAUACCUGAUGGAGCUGUGCAUUGUAGACUAUGAUAUGGUUCACUUCCCUCCAUCCAAGAUUGCAGCAGCUGCUUCCUGUUUGGCUCUGAAACUCCUUGGUGGAUUCAUGUGGACACCAGCUCUACAAAACUGUACAUCCUACACUGAGAAUGACCUUUUCCCUGUUAUGCAGCACAUGGCAAAGAACGUAAUUCUUGUGAAUAAGGGGAAAAUAAAGGAGAUGGCUGUCAAGGUCAAAUAUUCGAUCAACAAAAACAUGAUGAUAAGCACCAUUGACCAACUGCAAGGUCCGAUCAUAAGAAAGCUAGGCCAGCCUCUGAUUGAGAUGUAA